ACCAUAAGUCAAAAAAAUGUUUCCGUGCGAUAAGUGUGGUAAAACGUUUGCUAGGAAAGACAUUUUAACUCGGCAUAAGAAAAGUAGUGUUAGCAAAAUUAUAUGCAAUAUUUGCAAUAAGGAAUUUACGCGUAAUGAUAAUUUAAAGCGACAUAUUAAAUUACAUUCUUCGCAUAUAAAGCAAUCGGCAACGCUACUACAAAAGAACAUCAAGCACCGUAACGACAACAACGUCGAGGAUAAUGAAGAAAGCAAGAUGUCGCAGCAUAGAUCACCUAAGAAGAAAAUCCGACUACAAAAUGAAAGUGCGAUUGAGUGUAAUGUGUGUAAACUAAUUUUUAAAUCAAACUUUGACUAUAUUUCACAUAUCAAAACUAAAAAGCAUAUUGAACAACAAGGAAAACUAUGUUUGAACUCAGUGCAAUUAAUAGACACGGCAUACAAGAAUCGAAUUCUGACGUAUAGAAUUUCUUGUGCAUCUGAUGUGAUUAUUGAUAUUACAUCGUUCCUCAAUAAUCAUAAACAGACAGUUAUGCAUCUUGUUGAGGAUACAUUUAAGAACUUACCUUCAUGUAAAGUAAACAUGGAAUUAUUUGCUUACUUUACGAAAAUGUGUCAAAACAACGAUAAUGAUGAUGAUUGCAAUGAAAACGUUAUCGACUUAAAAUCGUUUAUUACAAAGUUUAAAAUUAUGUCAAAAACAUCAGAUUUAAAUCAAUUGUGUGAAGAAUUUUUUAAUGAACUAUUAAAAAAAAGUGAAGAGUUUCAAGAAAGGGAUAGCGGCUGGGCCUUGUUUGCUAUCUCACAUCUUAUCGUAAACAUUAAUAAAUAUCAACCGAUUCGAGGUGGUAGCUACAUUCCUCUACCAAAGAACAUUGAGCUGAAGAAGGCCUGCGUUAACAUCCUCAACAACGAUGACAACUGUAUUGGAUGGUGCAUCGCCGCCGCUAUGUACCCUAUUGAAGAACAUUGCAAUCGUCCUCAAAAGUACCAGCAGCAUAUCGAUAAAAUUAACUUAAAAAACGUUUCUCUCACGUGCAGUAUCAGUGACAUUCACAUUGUUGAGAAAAAUAAUAAUGUAAGCAUUAAUGUUUAUGGUUUAUAUUUUGAUAAUGAGUCUAAUUUGCAUAUGAUAGAGGGGCCGCUUUACUAUUCAAAAAACAAAAAAGAACUUCAUAUAAAUUUAUUACUGCUGCAAAAUAAUGAAAAAUUUCACUAUGUACUAAUUAAACACUUAUCACGAUUAGUAGGUAGUCAAAUUAAUUCACACAAUGGUAGACUCUAUUUAUGUGAUGGAUGCUUACAAUAUUUUAAUAAUUCAUUUAAAUUAGACGAUCAUUUAAUGUAUGGUUGUACAGGAGUUUGCUUACGAUUACCGGAUAGUUCAAAAUUCAUAACUACAUAUACAGGGGAGCAAGUACAAGAGAGCAUAAUGAAAUUUACAAAUUUUCAGAAAAAGAUAAAAAUGCCUUUCAUUGUAGUUGCUGAUUUUGAGUCGCUACAAAUUCCUAUUAGUACAUGUGCACCUGAUUCAAAUAGAUCAUUUACGCAAAAAACACAUAAACAUGUCCCAUAUUCUUUUGCAUACUAUAUAAUUUGCGAUUUUGAUGAGGAGAAGAAUAAAUUUGUUACAUACACAGGACCUGAUUGUUCAACAGUAUUUGUCGAAAAAUUAACUCAAGACGUUAAACAUAUCUAUAAUACAUAUUUUAAAUCUAUUACUCCCAUUAUUCAACCUACAGGAUUUGAGGCGUUAAAAUAUAUGUUUGAAGAUAAAUGUCACAUUUGUGAGAAAGAAUUUUCCAUUGAUAACUAUAAAGUAAUGGAUCACUGCCAUUUAACAGGUAUAGUACGUGGCGCUGCACAUCUUAAAUGUAAUUUAAAUUAUAAACUUCCGAAAAUAAUACCAGUAUAUUUUCACAAUUUAACGGGGUACGAUUCACAUCUCUUUGUUAAAGAUUUAGCAUGCGAUGGGCAAGAUAUUGAAGUAAUACCGCGCAAUAAAGAAAAAUACAUUUCAUUUAGCAAAUCUAUAUUAGUUGACGUAUGUGAUAAUAAAUCAGUUUUCAUGAAAAUUAGAUUUUUAGACUCGUUUCAAUUCAUGCCAUGUAGUCUUAAUAAUCUAGCACAAAAUAUAACUUCAUAUAAUCACGUUGCCAAAUUUUUCCCAAAUUUGGAAAUGCAAAGAUUGAUGACUAGAAAAGGAGUAUUUCCAUAUGAAUAUUUGGACGAUUGGCAAAAGUUGAAUGAAACUCAAUUACCGGAUAAAGACAAAUUUUACAGUCGUCUUAAUAAUUCAGAAAUAUCUUUAGCUGAGUAUGAACACGCUAAAAAUGUAUGGACUUUCUUCCAAUGUAAAAAUAUUCAAGAAUACUCUGACCUAUAUUUAAAAGUAGACGUACUUUUAUUAGCUGAUAUAUUUACAAAUUUUCGCGACACCUGCUAUAAAACAUAUAAUUUAGAUCCAGCUCACUAUUUUACAGCACCAGGUUUAAGUUUUGAUGCCAUGUUAAAAUCAACUAAAGUAGAAAUUGAACUAUUAACCGAUCACACUAUGCUGAAUUUUUUACAAAAUAACAUGCGUGGAGGUAUUAGUCAAUGUUCCCAUCGGUAUGCGAAUGCUAACAAUGAAUAUACUAUACCAUACGAUGUUUCAAAACCGCGUAGUUACUUAUGUUAUUUAGAUGCAGUUAAUUUAUAUGGUUGGGCUCAAAGUCAGUAUUUACCCAUUGGCAAAUUUGAAUGGCUUGAAAAUUUUCAAAAUCUGGAUGUUUCUCAAGUUGCUGAUGAUUCGGAGAUCGGGUAUAUUUUGGAUGUUGAUAUUGACUAUCCAGACACAUUGCAUAAUGAACAUAAUGACUUUCCACUUUUACCUGAAACUAUGAAACCACCUGGUUCAAAAACUAAAAAAUUAUUAACAACAUUACAAAACAAACAAAAUUAUGUUAUACAUUACAGAAAUUUAAAGCAAGCCCUAGCGUUUGGUCUAAAAUUGCGUAGGAUCAAUAGAGUUUUAAAGUUUAAACAAUCAGAUUGGUUGAAACCAUAUAUAACACUUAAUACAAAAUUACGUCAAACAGCAGCCAAUGAAUUUGAAAAAGCAUUUUAUAAGCUAAUGAUAAACGCAAUCUUUGGGAAAACCAUGGAAAAUGUAUUUAAGCGAAUGCUUGUUAAAUUUGUAAAAAAUUGGGAAAAUGAGAUGAAAAGACAGGGUGCACGUUCACUAAUCAGUAAACCUAACUUUCAUAGCUGUAAAAUCUUUAAUGAAAAUCUUUGUGCAGUCCAAUUAAAUCCUACUAAAGUAUAUUGCAAUAAACCAUUGUUCGUUGGUUUUGCAAUUCUUGAAAUAUCAAAAACAUUAAUUUAUGAUUUUUAUUAUAAUUUUAUUAAAACGAUAUAUCCAAAUAAUGCAAGCAAACUCCUAUACAUUGAUACAGACAGCCUAACUAUUCAUUGUUAUGACAAAAGCAUCUAUGAUGUUAUAUUAAACAAUCCAACACUCUUCGAUACAUCAAACUUUGAGAAAGGAAAUGUUUACAACAUAAAACAACAAAAUAAAGCACAGCUAGGUUUAUUUAAGGAUGAAUAUGGAGUUGAGGAGGAGGUGUAUCCGACAUCAGAAGUGGGAUCUGGAUCCAAUUUGCGAUCUAAUUUGCGAUCUAGUGAAAAGUGCGAUAGAGAAAGUGACAAUGAUAAAGAAAAGUGGAGUCAGUUAUUACAAGUGCAAAAUAACAAUAUGCGUAAUCUUAUUGAAGCGUUGAUAAAACCCCAGGUGACCGAACAAUUUAAUUUGUCGGAAUUUAAUCCGGAUGAUCGUGAUGCUGACGCGCGUGCUUGGUGUUCCAUGGCAGAGUUAUGUAUUGGUGACAAGAAUCUGACGGGUGCCAAACUAAUUAUGACGUUAAGCAGAACAAUGAAGGGUGCUGCAUCAUCGUGGUUGUCGCAGAUCUCUUACCCGGAUAUUUCGUGGGAAGAUUUUAAAUCACAGUUUACUGCAUGA